AUGCCCUCUCCGAUGAGACUGGCGAAUGGGCUUCUGGCCCGGGCCAUCCGCACCGCUGCCAUCGAAUCCGCACCCACACAACGCCUUCUCCGAAACAACACGCAAUGCCGGGCCUACACCCAAGCACAGCGCCCACGAUGCGAACAAAGCAUGCGCAGCAUGAUCACCUCACAGAACCACUUCUCUACCUCUGCGAUCCGCGAGAAGCAAAAGACAAUGGGUCAGCUGCGACAGCGUAACGCGACCGGCCCAUUCUCCUGGAAGGCCGCCUUACUGUUCGUGUUGACCGGUGCGGGUAUGAUGCUUUACUUCCGAGUCGAGAAGGCUCGCUUGGAGCGAAAGCGUAUGACAGAAAUGAGCAAGGGUGUUGGAAAGCCCAAGGUUGGCGGUCCGUUCGUGUUGAAGGAUCUCGAGGGCAAGGAGUUUACAGCGGAGGACUUGAAGGGAAAAUACAGCUUUGUCUACUUUGGCUUCACUCACUGCCCCGAUAUCUGCCCCGAUGAGCUGGACAAGAUGGCCGAGAUUAUCGAGAAGGUCAAAGCCUCUACUAAAGAUGAGAAGCUCUUCAUGCCUGUUUUCAUAACUUGCGAUCCCGUCCGCGACACACCCGAGGUCCUGCGCGACUACCUGGCGGAGUUCCACCCUGGCAUUGUUGGCUUGACUGGUACUUACGAGCAGAUCAAGAACGUCUGCAAGCAAUACCGCGUGUACUUCAGCACUCCCAAGGAUGUGAAGCCCGGUGAGGAUUACCUCGUUGAUCACAGCAUCUACUUCUACCUCAUGGACCCCGAUAAUGACUUCGUUGAGUGCAUUGGUCGCCAAGAUACCCCCGAUUCCGCAGCAAAGGUCAUCUUGGAGCACAUCAAUGACUGGAAGAGGGAGGGCAGACCCUUGAAGACCGAGUAA